CCUGGGUCCCCAUGCGUAACUGUUAAAGUGAGCCCACCCCAGAACUGAAGGCUACCAUGUGCCAACUUAACUGAGAUUCUGAGUGCAAGAAUAACCUCGGUCAUGGCCUUGGGUGCCAAGGAAAUCCCUCUUAGCCUCCUCUUGGCAGAUUUGGCCAGCCUUCCCCAUUCACAGCCUGGUUCUUUGGAUUCAAGCUGCCUGGUCAGACUGCAAGGGUCAUCUGUACAAAGAGGGAAGCAACAGUGCCAGGUUCCAGCGUGCAUUCCAAGUUCUACAUUCUGUGUGCAGACUCCCAGUGCCAGAGCAAAGGCAGGCCCCUGGCAGGGGACUGUUAAGGCUUCACCUGGUAUAUUUCUUCCUAUAUACACAUAACCUGGGGCUUCCUGGACCUUGUAUUCUCUCUGCUUUCAUUGACAGUGGUUCCUAAAGCUGCUGAGGAAGUGGAACUCCAGAGACACUCCUGAAAUUGUCCUAAGUCAAAGGAGCCAAACAGUGCACAAGCUCCCUCUCCGCCAUCCCCUCUAAGAGCAGCCAUGGCCCUGAGUGUCAAUGUGCAAAAGCAGAUUAAGCACAUGAUGGCUUUCAUUGAGCAGGAAGCCAAUGAGAAAGCAGAGGAAAUCGAUGCCAAGGCUGAGGAAGAGUUUAACAUUGAGAAAGGACGCCUUGUGCAAACCCAACGACUGAAGAUUAUGGAGUAUUAUGAGAAAAAGGAGAAGCAGAUAGAGCAGCAGAAGAAAAUCCAGAUGUCCACCAUGAGGAAUCAGGCAAGGCUGAAAGUCCUGAAAGCCCGAGAUGACCUCAUCUCAGAUUUGCUCAGAGAGGCAAAGCUGAGACUCAGCAGGAUUGUGGAGGACCCAGAAGUCUACCAGGGGCUGCUGGAUAAAAUGGUGCUCCAGGGUCUGCUCCGACUACUGGAACCUGUGAUGAUUGUGCGCUGCCGGCCACAGGACCUCCUCCUGGUGGAGGCUGCAGUGCAAAAGGCCAUCCCCGAAUACAUGACAAUUUCCCAAAAACAUGUGGAGGUCCAGAUUGAUCGAGAGGCAUACCUGGCUGUGAAUGCAGCUGGAGGUGUGGAGGUCUACAGUGGAAAUCAGAGAAUAAAGGUUUCAAAUACCUUGGAAAGUCGACUGGAUCUCUUAGCCAGGCAAAAGAUGCCUGAAAUACGAAUGGCCUUGUUUGGUGCUAACACCAACAGGAAGUUUUUUAUAUAAACCUCUGGGAAGUGAAGCUCGUGGUGAACCAGUAAAUCAUAAAGAUCUAAGUUUUUUGGGCAAAGGAAACUAGUAGUGUUUCCUCCUCUUUGAUGCUCUGAUAUUGUUCUGUUUUUCUUCAUGAAAUACCCUUUAAUAGCUAAAAUGUUAACUUUGAAAUAAAGCCCAAAUUAAUGCCCAGAA